CGUUUACUUCAAAAGAUUAAUUCAUUCUGCUACGUGAAAUCCUUUUACGGAGGACGUCGACGCGCCGCCGUGAACUAGCGUCUUGCUAAGCAAUUUGGGCCCGUGAGCAAUUUGUUUUACGUAACUAGUCAUAAUUGAGGAGAUCGGGUGGAGAUGGAGCCAUCGAAAGUGCUGGACGCACUAAAUGACAUUAGCGUAAAAGUGGCCAUUGGUGUUGCUGGAACCGCUGCAGCGGGCGCUGCAAUUAUCAUGCCAAACCGCCAACAGGUGGAGGCAGCAUCAACUGAGAUGUACGGGAGGCCCACAUCGCAACUCCUCCCGAAUGAGCGUCGCACUGCGGAGUUCUGUGCGGGCUACCGCCGAUGGAAGGGCUUUGUGGACAACAACAUCUACAGCUGGACACGGAAACUGCCGGGCAGCACCGCGCCUAUUGUGAACCCCUACAAGGGGCCGCGGCGGCCAGUUCGCCAGCAGCGGGCGGAGGAGGCGGAAGGUGCUGCUGUCAAGGAGUAGGUCUGACGCAAGCGUUGGCUGUAGGACAACAAGAGUUGGCGGAGGGAGCUGCUGUGUGGCAGGCGGAUUGCUGCAGCUGCUACUAACACCAGUAGCACCAGCCUGUGCCAGCAUGCCUGGCGGUCGCUGCCGGGCUGUUCCAGGUAGUGACGAGGAGUGGUGUGUGUCGAGGGCGG